UGCCAAUCCCGCCCGUUGUGGGAAUCUCCCGGCAUGCCUUUCUGUAGGCCAGGAGGAAGAAGAAGAAGAAGAACGAGAAAAAGAAGAAGAAGAAGCGACAUGAUGGAUUCCGGCUGAUAAAGCGCUUUUAUUCAUUAACUAUAUAAUCUUUUUCCAUGGUUCAUCAGAGAGAGUCUGUGGAGGAUCGAUAGAGACAGAGAGAGCGAUAUCUGCGGUCUGAGUUACAGAGUGUCACCAUGACGACAGACAUUGGCUCCCCGCAGCGCUUCUUCCACAUGCCGCGCUUCCAGCACCAGGCGCCGCGGCAGGUGUUCUACAAACGGCCGGAUUUCGCCCAGCAACAGGCGAUGCAGCAACUCACGUUCGAUGGGAAGCGCAUGAGGAAGGCUGUGAACCGCAAGACCAUCGACUACAACCCCUCCGUCAUCAGACACCUGGAGAAUCGUCUGUGGCAGCGCGACCACCGAGACUUCAGAGCGCUGCAGCCGGACGCUGGCUGUUACAACGAGCUGGUUCCUCCUGUGGGAAUGGUGAACAACCCGAUGAACGCCGUCACAACCAAGUUUGUCCGAACCUCCACCAACAAAGUCAAGUGUCCCGUGUUUGUGAUCAGGUGGACCCCUGAGGGCCGCCGGCUCGUCACCGGAGCCUCCAGCGGGGAGUUCACCCUGUGGAACGGACUCACCUUCAACUUCGAAACCAUCCUACAGGCCCACGACAGUCCGGUGCGGGCGAUGACCUGGUCUCAUAAUGACAUGUGGAUGCUGACGGCGGACCAUGGCGGAUACGUGAAGUACUGGCAGUCCAACAUGAACAACGUGAAGAUGUUCCAGGCUCACAAGGAGGCCAUUAGAGAAGCCAGUUUCUCUCCCACAGAUAAUAAGUUUGCGACGUGCUCAGAUGACGGCACGGUGAGAAUCUGGGACUUCAUGCGCUGCCACGAGGAGAGGAUCCUCCGAGGUCACGGUGCAGAUGUGAAGUGUGUGGACUGGCAUCCAACCAAAGGCCUGGUGGUCUCCGGCAGCAAAGACAGCCAACAGCCAAUCAAAUUUUGGGACCCCAAGACCGGACAGAGCCUGGCCACACUACACGCCCACAAGAACACAGUGAUGGAGGUGAAGUGGAACCUGAACGGGAACUGGCUGCUGACGGCCUCCAGAGACCAUCUGUGCAAACUGUUCGACAUCAGGAACCUGAAGGAGGAGCUGCAGGUGUUCAGGGGCCACAAGAAGGAGGCCACAGCGGUGGCCUGGCACCCGGUCCACGAGGGUCUGUUUGCCAGCGGAGGCUCCGAUGGCUCUCUGCUCUUCUGGCACACCGGGGUGGAGAAGGAGGUGGGGGGGAUGGAGAUGGCUCAUGAGGGGAUGAUCUGGAGUCUGGCCUGGCAUCCACUUGGUCACAUCCUGUGCUCAGGAUCCAACGACCACACCAGUAAGUUCUGGACCAGGAACCGGCCGGGGGAUAAGAUGAGAGACCGGUACAACCUGAACCUGCUGCCCGGCAUGUCAGAGGACGGCAUGGAGUACGAUGACAUGGACCUGAACAGCGUGGCCUCCAUCCCCGGGAUGGGGAUCCCCGAGCAGCUGAAGGCCGCCAUGGAGCAGGAGCAGAGCAGUAAAGAUGCGGCCCCCGAGGUGGAGAUGUCGAUCCCGGGUCUGGACUGGGGCAUGGACGAGGUGAUGGGUAAGGACAGCAAGAAGGUCCCACAGAAGAAAGUCCCAUACGCCAAGCCCAUCCCUGCGCAGUUCCAACAGGCUUGGGCGGAGAACAAAGUUCCCAUGAUGCCCCCUGGUGGCGACAAAGAGAGGAAGGGGGAGCAGCCGGCUGAUCCGGAGAUGGGGUUCAACCCCCUGCUGGAGCAGAUGAAGAUGAACUCGGACGGGAACAUGGGGCCCCCACAGGGCUCGAUGCCCCCCUUCUCCGGCCCCGGGGGCCCGAUGGCUCCUGGCCAGCAGGGCUUUCCCCCAAACAUGCCUCCUCAGCAGAUGUCCAACAACAUGGGGCCCCCCAUGGGCAUGCAGCCUCCAUUCAUGCCACCAGGACAAAUGGGGCCCCCAUCUCGACCCCAGUCUCAUCAAGGCAUGAUGGGACCACCGGACAUGCAGAGACACCCUGGCCCUCCCAGAAAUAUGGGACCCCAAGGGCCUCACGGCAUGGGACCCAGAGGGAUGCAGGGGCCCCAUGGAGGGAUGAUGGGCCCCCCUCCUCGUGGAAUGGGUCCAAGGGACACUCAGGGGCCUCCACCUCAGGGGGGCAUGAUGCCACCUCAGGGGAACAUGAUGGGCCCUCAGGGUGGGAUGAUGGGGCCCCCACCCAGGACACAUGGCAAUGUGCCAAACAACUAUGGGAUGGGAAACAUGCAGGGGCCCCCGGGAGGGAUGCACGGGCCCCCAGGAAAUAUGCAGGGGCCACCAGGUAACAUGCAAGGACCACAUGGAAACAUGCAGGGGCCCCCUGGUAACAUGCAAGGGCCCCAUGGAAACAUGCAGGGACCCCCAGGGAACAUGCAGGGGCCCCCAUACAUGCAGAACUCAGGGCCCAUGAUGCACGGGAUGGGGCCACAGGGGUCCAACAACAAAGAUCCUCGGGGGCCCCCGCCCAACCACCACAUGGGCCCCUCUGAGCGGCAGGGCCCAGGGGGGCAGGACCAAGGCUCGGGCCCUUACUGGGGGGACCAGCAGGGCCGCCGUGGACCACAGGACUUCGAGGGGGGCCAGGACUUCCACGGCAGAGCGGAGGAGGGCUGGAGGCCAGGGCCUGGGUACCGGGGUGGACACCGAGGAGGGGGGGGCAACGGAGGGAACUGGGGCCCCGACGAGAGAUUCAGCGGGGGGGAGUUUAGGGGCCGCAGGGACGACAGGUUCAGAGGAGGGGGCCGGCCCGGAGCUCGGGGUUUCCCUGAGGAGUUCAGCGGGUCGGACGAGGGCUUCGAGGGACCCGAGGAUGGGAGCAGAGGCUGGGAUACCGGGGCCCGAGGGAGGCCACCCCGAGGAGGAGGGCCACCGCGGGGGGGAGGUCACGACGGGUAUCGGGAUGGACAGAUGCAUGAUGGGUCGUCUCCGGUGGGACGCUCCUCCUCGCUGCAGGGGAUGGACAUGGCGUCGCUGCCUCCCCGGAAGCGUCCGUGGCAGGACGGGCCAGGGACCGGAGAGCGUGAGGCCCCGGGGCCCGAAGGAGGGCGCCCCCCCCAGCGGGAGGACGGGGGAUACGGUCCUCUGGUUCGGGGGGGCCGAGGCAGCUGGGGCCCUGGAGGAGGACCGGGCCCCCGGAGAGGAGGCCCCGCCCCAAGAGGACCACCGAGGGGGGGCCGGGGCCGGUAGUCCUGCAGCUCCCCUCAGAGACUCGGAUGGAGCAGUGGGACGCCGGCUCCUGAUUGGUCCGUUUUAAUGUAAAAAUAUUGUAGAGAAUCAUCUGCUGUCUUUUAUUUCACUUCGUCUGGUUGUUUUUGUAAAAGAUUUCUAUGUUUGUGUUUUCACCGAGGUGGAAAAUAAAGAUUCACACUUCAA